AUGGUUUUACCGGUUGGUGCGCCAAGCAAGGCGCCAACCCGUCAUCCGCAUCCGAUGGCUUCGGCAAAAGGUCAACGAGGACAAUCCAUGGCUCCGCAACAAGGGCAAAGGCACUCGCAAUCAAUUGCACCAAACGUUUUGGUUUCGCAAACGCACGGUCAAUCGCACACCGAGGUUCAACUCGGUUUGGGUCACACUCCACAUGGAGGCUUCUUCGCGAGUAGCCUCUUUCACUCGUCGGGUCGCUCUCGUCCGCGAGCCCUUUCAAUGCAACCAAUUCCCACAUCGAUUUCUUCAGAAGAGAUUCAAAAGAAGAAAAUGGUAAAAAUCGAAGAGAUCCCGACGGUGAUGGAGGGUGAGGCACCAAUAUUUCGUCGGAUUCCAUCGAAAACCCGCGGCAAGCCCAAGUACUAUCCAUUGAAUCAAGAUGAAGCGUAUGAGUUUAUGCUGCUGCUCAAUCAACAACCCACUCCAUACGGUUCGUGGAUU